AUGCAGUGUCGUAAAGUAGAGCCGAAUGUUAUUAUGAAUUCUGCUAGACUUAUGUAACGACCUAUUGAGACCAAUAAAUUGGAAGAAGAGAUAGUCAAUGUAAUGAAAAGCCCUGAAAAAAAAAGUCCCCAUAAUGGAAAAUGUCUCAAACGAACCACAUCUGGCCCAAUAAUUAAUUUACAACAACAGAUAAUCAUUUAGUAAGGAGAGCCCAUAAAGGACACCUAAGUAGAACUAAAAUCAAAGAGUUAAAUAAAGAAGAAAAAAAAGAAGAAGAAAACUCAAAAGAAAAAGAAAGUUUAACUAUAAGAUAAACAGGAAUCAGAGUAGAGGGUUUAACAAUUAUUAAAAUCAAACCUGCGUAAGCAUUAAAAGGAUAAGCAAGAGUAGUAAGUACAAGAAGAGAUAUAAAAAUAAAGAGUGGCUAGUUUGAACGAAAUGAGAAAAAUUAUGGAUCAACAAAUUCGAUAAGUCAAUCAAUAAAGAUUUUCAAGGUAAAAGUCUCCUCCCUCAUCAGUAUUACCUUGGGGCAUCGAUUAAAAUAAGUUAAAAUAGUAUUGGACUAAAAUGUUGGAAAUCCAUGAUAAACUAGAAAAGCCUAUUGUUUAAAGCAAGACUUCUACUGAAUAAGCAAUAAAGGAGAAAAUAAGAAGACAUAAAUUGGGAUUAGAUUUUUUGAAUUCCAAACCUGAAAAAGAUAUUUAAAAGAUGAUUUAAAAAUAAAAAUCGAAAUAAGUAUUGGAAUCAAUAUCGUCUCCUCUAAAAAAUAAAAACAAUUGCGAACAUAAGGAGGUAGAAUAGGAUGUGAAAUUGUAUAUGAUGUACAAAAAAGAACUCUGGAGAUAAUAGAAAAUAGAAGAAAAACAACUCUAAAAAUUAAAAAAAGAAAAAGUUCUUUAAAAUCUAUAGAUUUUAAAUUAAGAGGCAAAACAAUUUGCUAAAUCAAGAAAUGCCUCAAUUAAAUCCAAUUUAACCGUUUAACUAAACUCUUAACAUGUCGAACCACAAUCACAGCAUUAUCGGACAUCGGAACCCCCAAAUUUCAAUAAAUUAGAAAAAGAGUAUAAGGAAUUAAUGAGAUCGCUUAGAUAAUCAAGUUAUAGCAGCACUUAAUCUCAUACAAGGAAAAAUAGUUAGUUGACUUUUAUUGAAUGGUUGUCUAAUCUACCUGAAUCAUAUUUAUAAGAAUAAUUAAUGUAGAUGCAAGUCAUAAAUGAGCAGAUGAAUAGUUAAGGAUUUCAAUAUAAAUUAAGUGAAUAAGAAUUAUAUUAAUUUUUGGAAUAAUUUUUGAAGGAGAAGUUUGAAUAAUAAUCAAAAUAAACUAUAAAGGAGAGAUUUUAGGAACUUCAAGGUAGGUUUUAAUUGGUUACUAAUUAAUAAUAAUCCUAAAGUUAAUAAUAGUAAUAUUAGUAAUACUAGCAAUAAUAAUCAUUAUCAUAAUAAUAAAAUUAUACCCAUCAUAGCAUUUCUAGCUCUAAAAGUAAAAAACAAAUAUAAGAACAACCAGAUACUGCCCUAUAAGAUGAAUUAUUUGAUAAAAUAAGUGAAGAGCAAUUGGAAUUAAUUCAAAAUAUAGCUGCAACCAUGAUCUAAAAGGUAUGGAGAGGAUUUAAAACUAGAUAACUAGAGGAAGCUUAGAAAUAAGAUAAAGGAGUGAACAAUUCAGAAUAAGUAUUAUUUAGAGAUUUAUUAAAAUAAGAUGAUCAGCAAUCUAUUAAUUAGGCUACAGAAUCAAAUAGGAAGCAGAAUAAUUAUGAAUAUUUAUAAAAUGACUCUGCCAUAUCCCAUUAACAAGGGUAUGCUCCUCCUCCUUCUGAAUCUAUCCAAUAGUCAUCUCCUCAUUAAUCAAGUCCUAAAGGAAAUAAUAAUAUACCUCAUCUCAACUUAGAUUAAUUCUCUCAAUAAUAGCUGUCAAGUGCAUAAAAAUCUAUUAAAAAUAAUUAAAAUUUACCCUAAUCAUAAUCAGCCUGUUAAUCAUAAUCUGAAAAUCUAGAAUCAGAAAUUGAACAAAUCUAAGAUUCUACACCUAAAAAAAGUAGACUCAAUUAAAAUGGAUCCAAUCAAGACCCUGAUUAUUAUAUUUAAGUAUUGAAAUCUCGCGAAGAAGCUCUAUAAUAGAAAUUCGAUAAAUAAGUUGCUUUGUUGGAUAAAAUGUUAGAAAAAAAGAAAGUAACUAAUGAAAUGUUUUCCGAGAACAAAGACAAACUAGAAAGGAAAUAUAAAAGAGAGAGAGCAAAGUUAUAAUAAUCGAAAAAUGAAGUUGAAAGACUUUAGUAGAUGUUUAAGGAAACUAUAAAAUCUACUUAGAAAGAUCAAUAAUUUAUGGAAAAGAUUAAGAUGCAGUGUGAUGAAGAAAAUCUUUCAAUUAGGUAAAUUUUUUCUUUAAGAUCUGAAACUGAGCAAUCUGAUUGUGAUAUUGAGAAAAAGGCUAUCCCUCAUUAUGGGCUAUUAUAAAAAAUAAAAAAUGAUCAUUUUAGAAAAUAUCAGAAAAACAGAAAGUAAGUUCGCAGCUUUGAUUAGUAAAUGAGUUUGGAUGAGAUUUCAAUGAAAAAUGAAGAAAUAUAGACUAGCACAUUAUUCAAUAUUCAUACAGAAUCUAUGUCGCAUUCGAUUCAUAAAUCUUAACAAAUAACAUCCAAUAACUAAAAAUCAAUCCCUUCAUAAGAGAUAGCAUAAGUUGAGGCUAUCGAAAUUCUUGAAAAUAGAGACCCUUAACCCAAUUAUAGAAAGUCAAUAAUACCUUUUGAUGAUCGUAAAAUUGACAGUGUUACUGAAAACAUUGUUUAAAAUAUAAUAGUUGAAUUUGCUGAAGAAUUAAAUAAUUUCCCUCUUUAAUCUUUGGGGGUGCUAAUGGAGUGGGAUGAGGAAUCAUAGAUUGAGUACUAAUUUCCUCCUGGUUUCCCAACUACUCUUAAUUUCAUAAAAGAUUACCUAGUUUCUUUUGGAGAAUUUAUUUAAAAACAUCAUUUGAGUGCUUUUAUAUAGUAAAUUAACACACCUUUAGGAAUAAGUCCAUAAGAUUUAUUAAAGACAAUAUCUUUAAGUGAUAUGUAAUAAAACAAUUUGGAUGAUUCAACAUCUGGCCCAUUAUAUCCAUUAAUUAAAUACAUUCAUUAGAUGGAACCUCUCAUCGAUGAAGAUAUUUGGUCUAAAUUUAAUUAAUCUUACUCGCUCAAACUGAAAUAUUUUAAUGACUUAAAUAUUAGCGAUUAGUUUAAGGAAUUGGAAAUGUUCCAUUUAAGAAUGGUUUAUGAAGCUUUUAAUGAGGCUAUCAAUUUUGUAAGACCUUAUGGAAUUAGAGGAUAACCUUAUCCUUGGAAAUCGAAUCCCCUGAAAGUUUAUCAAAAUUUGACCACUCCUGAAACCAUUGAUAGAGCUAUGGGAUUUGCAAUUGCCAAAAUGCUUAAAUGGGGAUCUUUUCUUUGUGGAUUCAUACCCGAAAAAAUUGAAACCCCUUAAGGAGAAAUUAUAGUAAUAGAGGAUGAUUACUUGAACUAGAUUAAAGAAGAUCGAUUGUAACAGAUGUUAGAGUACGAAAUUUAAGAAUCUGAGGAGAAAUGGCUUAAUUAUGAUGAGGAACAAGCAGAAGUUGCAGUAGAAUUAGCAGAUAUUGUAUUUGAAGCCAUGUUAGAUGAAGUAGCAGAGGAAAUAUUCAGAGCUAGUUCAAGACAAGCCAUAUCGAAAAAAUAAUUUCAAUAUUGA